GCCCAGACUCGAAGCAGGGGGCGGCGGAGACGGCGAGGUCCAAGGCGGGGGGCCAGGCGAGGUCCAAGGUGGCCGGCACGGCCAAGUCGAAGACGGCCAGCACGGCGAGGUCGAAGACUUCGUCCACGGCAAAGUCUUCGAUGCAGACGCCGCCGUCGCUGGCCACGGAGGAGGCGGCCAUCGCCAAGUCCUCCAUGCACGACGGCCCGCCGCCCAAGGCCCCCGCCGCGGUGGCCAAGUCCGCGGUCGCCUGCGUCGACCAGACCGCGGUCGCGAAGUCCAAGGCCUUCCCGCCGGGCGCCGAGGCGAAGGCGCCCCCCCCCCGCAGGGCCGCGAUGCCGUGGGUGGACUGGAGCAACAAGAGCGGCGCUCAGUCUGCCCCGCGGGCGCCGAAGCCAAAGCGCCUCCGCCGCCUGGCGCGGAGGCGAAGGCGCCGCCUCCGCUCGCCCAGGCCGCUGCACAGCCGCUGCCCCUCGCCGACCAGCUGCUGCGGCUGCUCCCAGAGCCGGUACCGCUGCCCCAUGGCCCGGGGCUGCUGCUGCUCCCGGAGCCGCCCCCGCCCAGAGGGACGGAGGCCACGAAGCGGCCCGCGCCAGAGCGGCAGCUGAGGUCGCAGGCGACCCGCAGCCCAGCGAAGCUGCCCAACGAUGACGGUGGUUGGCCUUAA